GGAGGCCGGGCCCGCGGCGCUCGCUGGGGCGGGCUGUGCGGGCCGCGGCGCCGGGCAGUGGUGGCUCCGGCGGCGGGGAGGGGCGGCGCUGCAGCCGCGGGUCCCAGUCCACAGGCCCGCCCUGGGUAGCCGCAGAUCCGGUUCCCGGAGCCCGGUGGGACGUUGGCGCAGAACUUUGUCAGAUUCGGGCCUGACCGCCUUCGCCACCGGAGUACCCAGGCUAGCCCUCCGCCAGCCUGGGCCUGUCUCGCUCCCAGCGUAUCCUUUAUCUGCCGUGCCCCAGCCUGUGUAAGAAACGAAACUGGGUGCCAAGAGAACCGACUUCCUUCUCGAAUCAGACAAUUAUUUUCCUUGUCUGGAGAGAAACGAGAAAAAGAGAAAAAAAAAAAAAUGUAGAGAGAUUUUGUAAAGCUGAAUUUAGAUGAAGGGGAUAAUUGUCCUCCUUUUUCUUUUCUGGGAUUAAAUACUUGACAGCUAGGUGAUCGUCUGGCUAGGAAAGUGGUGUGGUUGCUUGAAAAGGUUUGUUUGGUUUGGCUCUUUUUAAAACACCUUCCUAUAAGUAGUCAGCAUUCCAUUAGCCCAUCAAAUCUAAAGUCUCGGGACGUGUUGGACUUCAGAGGACUUCAGAGGAAUGAGCUGUUAGCUAACAUAAUGAAACCAGCGUCUGUAACCCAGUUUGCUAGAUUCUGGAGUAAGUGCUGUUUUCCCACAGCCUUUCAGCUUUUGCCUUUGGACUCUGCAGUAUGUGUUUGCCUUCCGUUACUUUCUGGCUUUCGUGACCUGUCUGAUCCAGGGUUUCCAUGUAUGCAAAGUGAUACAUGUAAAAAACGGUAGCUGUAGUGUUCAGUUUGCCAUAUGUAAAGCUCUGAAAUGUUACUAAGGUGCAUUUACCCUCAUAAUACUGCAUGCAAGUGCAUGCCCCUGCCAUGCUCUCCUGUGACAUAUGUGGAGAAACAGUGACCUCCGAACCAGAUAUGAAGGCUCACCUCGUUGUUCACAUGGAAAACGAAGUUAUAUGUCCGUUUUGCAAGUUGUCAGGUGUAAACUACGAUGAAAUGUGUUUUCAUAUUGAAACUGCUCAUUUUGAGCAAAAUACACCAGACAGAAACUUUGAGAAGCUAAAUGCAAGACAGUAUGAAAAUCCAGACAGUAAGAAUACCACCCUGCAGAGUGCAAUGGAAGUCAAUUCAAGUAUUCAUUCAGCCUGUGCGUCCAAUUUUCCAAAAUAUUCACCUCAAAGCCUUCCUAGAGAUGGGAUUUUAAAACAUGAAGCUUUUCAUACAGAGAACAUAACCGAAUCUAGAAAGUACCCGAAAAGCCCAGAGAAGCAGUCUGGAUUGUCUGUGGUACAAGGACCAAUUUACGGGACAACGUACAGUCUCCCCGAAUGUCCAUUUUGUGGAAAAAUAGAGGGGCGUAGUCAAGAUAUGGAGAUGCAUGUAAAGACAAAGCAUGCCAGUCUCUUAGAGGCGCCAUUAGAAGACUGCCAUCAACCAUUCUAUGACUGUCCCAUGUGUGGACUCGUCUGUACAAAUUACCAUAUUCUCCAGGAACAUGUGGACUUGCAUUUAGAAGAAAGCAGCUUUCAACAAGGCAUGGACACAGUCCAGUGUUCUAGUGACCGAGAAUUAGCUCACCAGCUUCAGCAAGAGGAAGACAGGAAGAGGAAAUCUGAAGACUCAAGACAGGAAAGGGAAGAGUUCCAGAAGCUGCAGCGGCAGUAUGGUUUGGAUAACUCUGGAGGUUACAGACAACAGCAGCUGUGGCAUAUGGAGAGAGAAGUCAGCAGGGGAAGAAUGCAUCCCUCUGAAUUUCAUAGCAGAAAAGCCGACAUGAUGGAAUCGAUAGCUGUUGGUAUUGAUGACGGAAAAACAAAAACUUCGGGAAUUAUUGAAGCCCUCCAUAGAUAUUAUCAGAACACUGCCACAGAUGUGAGGUGUGUGUGGCUCUCUGCAGUGGUGGAUCACUUUCACUCAUCUUUUGGGGACAAAGGUUGGGGUUGUGGUUAUAGAAAUUUCCAGAUGCUGCUUUCAUCAUUACUACAAAAUGAUGUGUAUGGUGACUGCUUGAAAGGUAUGUCAAUUCCUUGUAUUCCAAAAAUUCAGUCCAUGAUUGAAGAUGCGUGGAAGGAAGGUUUUGAUCCUCAGGGAGCCUGUCAACUUAACAACAAAUUACAGGGAACAAAGGCCUGGAUUGGAGCAUGUGAGAUUUAUACACUUCUGACCUCACUGAGAGUAAAGUGCCGCAUUAUUGAUUUUCACAAGCCAACUGGUCCUUCGGGUACACACCCUCGCUUAUUUGAGUGGAUACUGAACUAUUAUUCUUCAGAGCGGGAAGGGAACCCAAAAGUUGUGUGUACAUCUAAACCUCCUGUCUAUCUCCAGCACCAGGGUCACAGUCGAACAAUUGUUGGAAUUGAAGAGAAAAAAAACCGAACAUUGUGUUUACUAAUAUUUGAUCCUGGAUGUCCUUCCCGAGAAAUGCAGAAACUGUUAAAACAAGACAUAGAGGCUGGUAGUCUCAGGCAGCUGCGGAAAUCUGUGGGAAAUCUAAAACAUAAGCAGUACCAGAUAGUAGCCGUAGAGGGCGUUCUUUCGCCAGAGGAGAAAGUUGCCAGAAAACAGGCUUCUCAAGUGUUUACAGCGGAGAAGAUUCCUUGAGUGAAAUAUUUCGGUGAUUUUGUACUGAUCUUUUUUCUGAUACAGAACUCUGAUAUAGUUGAAGAAUUUGAUUUCAUUUAAGUCCUUGUUAUAAUAUUUAAGUUGUAAAUGCCUGUUAAGUUAUACUUCUUAGUACUUCAUUGUCUAGUAAUUAGUUGAAUAAAAUACCUGGUUUGUGUUGUUGGUUUUGA